ACAUUUUAGUUAAAAUGUCACCACGUCUCAAAAUAUCGAGUUAUGUUAUCGAGAGGUUGUCUAAAUUAGACACAAAUGAGAGUACAGGAUGUCUGUACGGGGUUAUGUACGACGGAAACUUGCUCGUAGUCGGGCUAAGUUUAGAAUUAUUUGAACGCGAGAAGAAUACAUACAAGCAGCUGCUCUUGCAUUUGCCCACCGAGAUUGAGUUGUGUGGGGUCAUAAAGUUUGGGGAAACUUUAACGACAGAGACGAGGUUGAAAGAAAUCCUGCAGGAUGUAGACAUAACAGACAACCCACUGGUGAUCAUUAUAAAUCAAAAUAAGGAUAUGAAAGCACACUUCUUAGUCCACGAUAAGUUCGAGGAGACCAAGUAUGAAGUGUUGGAGGCAGAUGAGUUGUGGAAACAGUUUCUCCAUGUCCGCCUCAACACUGUCAUACCGCUGAGUUGUGAAGCUACAAUUAACGGUGUUAAGAAUAUAAUGCAAAAUAAAAGGAUAAAGAUAGCAUCAGGUCAAGUUUCCUUCCAUAUAAAUGGUACAUCAGUUUAUUUAUUUGGAGUGGCAUCAGAUGUAGGAUUGACUGGGAUAAGCCCAGAUGCUACGGUCGGAGAACUCUUAGACUCAAUGAGCCCAGAACAGCCCAAAAAGAAGAAGCAUAACACAAAUAGUAUAGAAAUUUUACCCGCAAACUUAAUUUUAAAAGCUACUAAGGAUAUACUGUCGGAUAAACUUAUUAAGACUGCUGUAAAGAUGAUGACUACACAACGAAAACCUUCAUUUUGUAUUAGCAUGCCGCUGAGAAUAGACACGUUAGCAAUAAUCCACCGGAACACAAAGUUGCUGGAGUUGUACACGGUUCUAGUAGAAGCCGCCUGCCGCUCCCUGAAACUACUAGAAACUGUCUUACUUGAACAAUUAGGUCAGGAGGGCAUAGGCGAUGGCGCGGGCCUGCGUUUACCGGAAACCUUCCACUUCAUCCCCGACGAGCUGGGCCACUUCGUCACCAGGAUUGUGCCCAAGGGCAUACCUGAUGAGAGCAUGGAAAAAGAAAGGCGUUUGUUGCACGAGCAGCUCGGUCUGCCAGUGGACCGGCCGAUGUUCCGGCGCGGCAACGCGCACGCGCAGCCCCCGGCGCGGCUGCUGCGGCCGCACGCCGCGCUGCCGGCGCCGCGGCCCGGCGCGCGCGCGGCGCUGGCGCGCGGCCGCUACGGCUACUACCACUACCUGCAGGACGGCGUCCACGACGACGGCUGGGGCUGCGCCUACCGCUCCCUGCAGACUAUAUUCUCCUGGUUCAGGUAUCAAGGAUACACAACAGUAGAAGUUCCCAGCCACAGGGAAAUCCAACAGUGCCUUGUCGAUAUCGGAGAUAAGCCAUCAUCGUUCGUAGGUUCCAAGCAAUGGAUCGGCUCGACAGAAGUGUCGUUCUGUCUGGAGACCCUGCUCGGCGUCCAGUCUAGGAUUAUAUUUGCCAAUACCGGUGCCGAACUGCAGAGCUACACUCCGGAGCUGUUGCACCAUUUCCAGAGACAUGGCAGCCCCAUUAUGAUUGGCGGCGGAGUCCUAGCGCACACGAUACUAGGCGUCGAGUUCGACGCUGGGACCAACGAGACCCGCUACCUGAUCCUCGACCCGCACUACACGGGCGCGGACGAGCUGGCCACGGUCCUGGCCAAGGGCUGGUGCGGCUGGAAGAAGGCAGACUUCUGGAACAAGACCGCUCACUACAACCUGUGCCUGCCGCAGACGAGACCCGCUGUGUGAUAUAAUAAAGUAACUUCAUCUCGGAACUCUGUUAACCUUGACGCCAAUGACCGAUAUAUCCGCACCGCAGGUCCAACGCCAAAGACGGAUUAAGACGAAACAGGAGCUGAGUUUUAAAAUUUUAGGUAAAUAUACCCGUCUCGCUAACGGAAGUGGCUCCUAAAACUAGUGCGAUGAGGACAAGGCGAAAAAAUCUCAAAAAUCGAGGUUUCGUACUCACUGUUUCCUCCAAAACUUAACCAAUCCUAACCAAACUUGGAAAUCUAAAUGAUUAUGUAAUUAUCUGUGUCGGACCGUUUUGCUUUUUUGGCUAAUUGAUAUAGUUUUGAAUACUACGCCUCUCCUGUAUGGAGAAAUGACCACUCCUGUUGGCUCUUAAUCGGUCACAGACCACAGAGCAACAUAGACCUACGUGCAUUAUGCAUAAAGUUCAAUUUCAGUUUUGACACUUCGGUGACGUGGCGUCUGACAGCUUUUGUGUUUGACACGGCGUCGAAAAGGUUAAGCCUUUGACCGCCAAUGCGCUACAAUGGGCUACAGCCCUAUACUAGCCCUCAACGAGACGACCGGUGUCGUAAAACUUCUCAUUCAUGUUUACGUGGUCAUGCCAAGAGUGAGAGAGAUAGUGAUAUGACCUCGGUCGUUAGUUUGGUUGAAGGCUAGUAUAGCGGCACAUAGCUGUGGCGUUGCAAACGGCAAAAUAAUGUAUUAAAAUACCGUGAUUUUGUCGUUCGGCGGAUUACAAAAUGAAUUGGCCGAAUAACAGAGUCAAGAGUUUUUCCUGUUUUGGAUUAGGUACAAUAUUAUGUUUGUGUGUUUCUUGCUUAGAAUUGUUAGCACUUUCGAUUCAAGCAAUAAAAAAAAUUGUAUCGGUUUUUCGAAUCGGCACGUUCUCAUUCCAACUUUUUUUGUAAAAAGACUUGUUUAAUGUAAUUUUCCAUGUAAAUGUAAUUAAUCCUAUUUUUAUUGCCUAGAUCGAUUAGAGCUUAUGAUUCUGAUUAAGAAAACACCAAUUAAAAGUAGUUAUGAGACAAAGUGCUUUGUAACAAAACCUUCGGUACCUAUUCAUUUAUUCAAUAAACUAAGAAUGGCUCUGAUAGUCACAAUAUAUUCUGUCUUUUAACAAAAUAAUUAUGACUAAAAUGGUAUAAGUAAGGUAGCAUUUAAAAGUUAUGGAACCUCUGGAAGAAUAUUGUUGCACUUUUAUUAUGGGCCCUCAUUCAUUCACAUAUUAUUCUAAAUUAAUUGUAAUUCUUGUUUAUAUAGGGUGGAACUGAACAUAUAUUUGACGUAAUACCCAGCUGUGAUAUCGGCACGUUUGCCUUACGAUUCCACUUGUUGCAUUUUAAUCUAUUCUUAUAUUUUAACAUAAGUUCGUAUACAUUAUCAAGCAUGUUUUUAUUCGGCAUCAUAGAAAGGUCAGGCGUGGCUCACUCCGCGAUCCGUCCCACACCAAUUUUGGUGGCUAGGCUAGCCAUAAGCCCCGCAUGGCGCUUCCGCCACCUAGCGGUCCUAUCUGUCUUAAUCGUAACAGUCGCGUUUUGUUAGAGAGCGAAUCUUCUAUACCUAUAGUACUAUUAUUUAUUCUGUGGAAACGUUAAGGUUUCAUCAUUUGUAAAGAAUAAUUAAAUGUAAAGAAUAAUUUGUAACACAUUCACUGCCAAGUGCCAGCGACCUGCUACGCGGGUUUUCUAUUCGUAGGAGCUUUUCGCUACAUACGGGUUUUCCCGUGUUGCCGUUUACACUUGUAGCGCGCUGGCACUGAAUGUGUUGAUUGAAUCAUCAGUAUAUGCCAUUUAUUAAAGAUGCCAUCACGUUAGAACUCAAGAAACAAAAGCUAUAAGCUUGUCACUGUCUGGCUAGGUACAGUCGACGUCAAAAAUGUAUCGCCUUAUUACGAAAAAAGUGGUGUAAAGCCAGUGGACUGUAUGAAAAUGUGCGCUAUGCUAACCCAAAUAAAAGUAGCUUGGCUUGCCGGUGGUUGCGGGUCCUCUUGCUGGCAGAGACAUCUGGGGCAUGUGUCUCAAGAGCUUGUAACUUGUAAUACAAGCGAAUGUCACUUUUUGAAAGCUUUUGUUAAAAAUGGGACUUCCACUUCUAUUACAAGUUACAAGCUUAUGUGAAACAGGCCUCUGCUGGUGGCAGUGAGGUCCAAUGGUGUGAACAUAUAUUUUACGUCGACUGUACUGUCAGCAUAAGAUAGAUAGUGACGUCCAAAUAUCGUGACACACAUUUGGUAUAGUCAAGGUAUUAAAUGCCAAAAAUGUGUAGAUAUAUUUGGCUACUUUAGCCGUUUAUACUAUCUAUUUGAUGCUGUUUGUAUACUGUAGCACUCAAUUUAACUGGUAAAUACUUUUUCACCACACCAGCUCGGAAAGGCUUACUUUGCACUUCAAACACUGAUAGCAAAGUUGCAUUUUAUUCACAUGUGAGGCAAAGUAAUCAAAUGCAAAUUUUGAGUGGUUUUCUUAUGUUUGCUGGUAGAAUUGACUUUUAAAUGAUGAUUUUGGAUGAUAAAUAUUUAAAAACAUUCAUUUGGAUUUGAUUUGGUUUGAUUUUGUUUCAUAUUUUACAUUUAAUAUUUGCUUCGGGUUGGUGUGGUGAAAAAUUUUGUGUUUCACUCGGGGGCAAAUUUUGUUUAACCCUCGUGCUUUGAAACCCUCGCAACGCUCAAGAUUCCAUUUUUCGAACCAAUUUUGGAAUAUAUCGCUGGCUCGGGUAUCAAUAUUAGCACGAGCGGUUAAACAACAACUUUGCCCCCUUGUAAAACAAAUAACUAUUGUUAUGGUAAAAUUGCUAUAUUGGGAAUGAAUGAGUUCUCGUCACAGUAGAUAAUAGAGCAGGUGUGUUCUCAACUGUUUAUUUUAUUGUCAUGUAUCUUUUAAUUAUAACAAAAAGCGAGUAAGUUAAAUAGAAUUAUUAUAUUUUUUACUAAUUAAAAUUUAAAUUCGA